UCGUCAAGGCAACACUGAUUUCGAAUAGUCUGCGUUCUGUGAUAGAGGAUAAGAAAUACCGCCAAUACGUAUUCCACUGUCCUGAAUGUGUUGAAAGUAGAAUUCUUGGAGUGGCGGAUGAAAUCAUCACCGAUUUACAAAAAUCGCUAAGUCCUUCAUUCUUCUAUAACUGACAAGUUAUUCAGUGUUAAGUCCACAGUUCGUCUUGGUCUCAUUCCAUUGGCACGUGAGAAAAUGAACAAUUCAGAGACUCCGAGCGGAGAAGAUUUGGGAAUUUUUAAGGAGGGCGAUCACGAUCCUCAUUUCGAGCCCGUCAUCAUUCUACCGGAGAUAGUUGUCAAUACUUUCGAGGAGGACGAGUCCAUCCUGAUCAAAGAGCGGGCAAAGUUAUUUAGGCAUGACAGCCAAAAUAAUGAAUGGAAAGAGCGAGGUACGGGGGAAGUAAAACUUUUGUACAAUGAGGAAUUGAACACCGUUCGUGUUCUCAUGAGAAGGGAGAAAACUUACAAGUUAUGUGCAAAUCAUUAUGUAACUCAGGAUAUGGAGCUUAAACCGAAUUGUGGUAGCGAUAGGGCCUGGGUCUGGACAACAGCUGCGGAUGUAUCUGAUGGCGAACCUCACGCUGAAGUCCUGGCGAUAAAAUUUCAAAACACAACUGCUGCAUAUAGAUGGAAGAAUGCAUUCGAUAAGUCUAAAGAUUUAAUUAAGAAACCAAAUGGUGAAAAACCUUCCAAAGACGCUGAAAGCAGUGAUAGUCAAUAUUCUUCAUCUGAUGAUUCUCAAGAUGAGGUUGUUAACAAAGUCAACAAACUUACAUUGAAAGCUACAGAAUCAAAAACUGAAGACUGCGUUGAUGAUGUCUCUAAUGAAGAAGCUAAAGACGGAGUAAUUAAAGAGGAGGAAAACAAAAACGCUGUUGAGAGCGAUGAAUGAUUUGUUUAAACAUUAUAAUUUUCUUAGUACUUGUAUAUAAAUACUGGGUUUUUGAAAAUUAUUUUUAACAAUGAAUAAAAUUAUUUUUAAAAAUGGAACAAAUGUAGUUUCAAAAAAGAUUAAGCGAUCGAUUGUGUAAGAAAUCUGUUUCUUGACUGAUCUACUUGAAAUAAUAAUAUCAACUUGAUAUUAUUAUUAAUGAACCAUUUGUUUAAAAAUUAUAUAAUUUCUGAGGUAAUUUUGUGUACACUUGAAUACAGAAGAAAACUGAUUAAGCAGUUAAGUGCAUAAGAAAUCUGAUACUUGACUGUUCUACCCAUAUAUUGUGCCUUGAUAUUAAGAUUAAUAAUGUUUUAUUUCAGCUUAUUAAUGAUACUUGAAUAGUUUUUAUAAAUAAAUAAUUUUUUUAUUCAA